AUGCCAGGUAAGUUGCCUGAAACCCAAAAGAAUAAUCUGUUUAUACGUGAGAGAAUAGAAGAUCCGCAAAUUUGGACAUCGAACGAGAAGGAACGCAGCUUCCCACCGUCUCAAGUGCCCUUUGAAUUUUCCAGCCAAUCUGCUUUUGGGGGAGACUUGGAGCAAUCCAUUCACUUGCCUAACUACAUCAAACCCUUCCCUUCGACAACUGAACCGGAAGACCUUCAAUAUCUCCAGAUGAAAGGUGUCCUUGAGCUUCCGGAUAAAGACCUGCGAGAUGCCUGUGUGAGAUGCUAUCUUGAGCAUGUACAGCCUAUAUAUCCGGUUGUGGACUCUGCUACGAUUGUCUCCUUACUGGAGGGUACAACAUUGGAGAAUGACAAGCUGAGUCUGUUAGUCCUUUAUGCCCUUGUAUUCGUUGGAGGCACCUGGGUAGACGUCAGGCUGGUACGCAAACUCGGUUUCUUAUCGCGCAUAGCGUUUAGAAGAUCCAUCCACAAGAAGAUGCGCUUACUUUAUGACGCGGACUACGAAAAUGACAGAGUAUGCUUGAUACAAACUUUUAUUCUGUGGACUUUCUGGUUCGAGGGUCCCAAUGAAAUUAAGGACAGUUGGUAUUGGAUAGGACUCGCGUUGUCAUUCUCAAGGGUCAUUGGUUUGCACAAAGCCCCUUCCGAUACAGAGACACAUCCAGCCACGAACCAACAUCGCAGACGAUUAUGGUGGUGUCUCGCAACUCGUGAGGUCAUUUGUGCUUUCGCGCUAAGCCGGCGUCCCCGGGUAGCCGACAACGACCAUAACAUCAGCAUGCUCGGAAUCGAGGAUUUUGAAUUUCAUCAGACGCCUGGCAUCAGUCCCCCACAGCAACGAAGUUUCGCCCAGAUUUGUGUGCUUUAUGUAAAGCUUGUUAGCAUAUUCGGCAAAAUCUGCAAAGCCGCAUAUCCUGAAUCUGGCUCCGGCAAAACCUCAGUGCUUUACUCCAGUCAACAAUUAGAAGGAACAGACAGCAUCAGUAGCAUUACAACCAUGUCGAUCACAGAUCAGCUGAAACUUUUUCAAAAUCAUUUGGACGAGUGGCGGCGAAAUGUUCCCGAUGAAGUGUGGCAUACGGGAAACUUGUCGCUCAAUCCUAAUGGCACUGAGAGAAUCGCGCAAGUCCAUCGUGGCCUCCUGACGAUGAUGUACUACACAACAGUGAUGAUAUUGCAUCGACCACAGGUGACUUCGAUUGAUGCAGUUAUUUGUUCGCUAGGUGCGUCACAGAAAUCCACAACUGACCCAUCGAGAGAGAUGGUCAGAUUUGCGGCUCGCCACAUAACCCAGACUGCCAUGGAUUUUUACCAGGAAGACUUGGUCGAAUCACUUUCCGCAACCUGCAUCUCUUGCUUGAUCCUUGCCAGCAUCAGUCAUAUCUUCGACAUGAUGUCCAAUGAACAAAUAUUUCGGUCCGAGGCACAUCAAAGGCUGGAUCAAUGUAAGGCUGUUCUCCACGCCUUUUCAGAACAACAAAUUGGGGCACAGUGGGGUCUCGAAGUUAUCAAUUAUAUUGUUUUUCGAUUGAAACAUCAGCAUCGUCGUCACAAACUUGACUUUCCAAUCUCUCAGAGGGCAGUGGACUCAAUAAAUUUCAAUCGCAGGAAUGGCAUUUUAGCCGGUAACAGUACGGUUUCCCCGGAACAUGUACAGACGACCAACCUCUCGAGAUCAAUUGAUCAGGCAAAGGAUGGAGCUCUAGGUGUACUCGCCAGCACCGAAGCGCCUCUAACUUCUGAAAUCAUGAACAUAGCAUCGUUCCCCAUAUCACGGCAGCCAUUCGGUAGUUGCGAUUCUUUGUUGCAGUCGCUGAAUUUUGACCAAGCAAUGCCGGAUAAUUUGAUGAAUUUCAUAGGUCCUGACCUGGCGUGGCUUGAUUUACCUGAUUCCUCUGAGAACUUGGAUGGUAUUGGCUGGAGCGGCAGUGACUAUGUUUGA